UGUUAGUAUUGGGAUACUAACCAUCAGUUGACCUGAAGAUCUGAAGCAAACAUGUCUUUCCUUAACAAGAACUACAAAUUCGUCAGCCAGGAGAACUUUGAUGGUUUCCUCAAGGCAGUUGGUGUGGCUGAAGAUAGGCUCGAGCAGCUGAAGAAGUUCGCUCCCGACCAGAAGCUGACUAAGGAUGGAGAUACUUACACUUAUUAUAACAUUACACCCGAAGGACCGCAGGAAGUCAAAUUCAAAUCUGGAGUAGAAAUUGAUGAACUUCUUGGCGCCUCAAAAACGCCUGUUAAGAGCACAUACGUGGUUGAAGGCAAUACCAUGACACAAACAGUCAAGUCUCCUGAGAGGGGUGUUGCCGUCUUCAAGAGAGAGUACAAUGGAGAUGAUCUUGUUGUGACCCUUACCUAUGAGAAAUGGGAUGGCGUUGCGAAGAGAUUCUAUAAGGCCGAAUAAAAACUUCUUCAUCAUCACACUCUAGGCUAAAUUAUAGUGAUUAUCACAUUAGACGUCAUGACAUGGUUUGAAACCAAUCGUCACUCUUCGCGUUAUUAUUGUAUUUUUAAGUUCUAAAUUAUUUUUAUGAAGUUAUUUACUUAUUUAU